UGUGUGUGUGUGUGUCACACAUUUUACUGCGCUUUGUCAGUCAGUAACUGUUUAACUCUUCACCUCUGCUGAUCUGAGAGAGAGACAGGAGGGCGAGCGAGGGAGGAAAAGGCGUGGCCUGCUGCAGAUACGAUCCUGACUGCUCUCUCUCUCUCUCUCUCUGUCUGUCUGUCUGUCUCUCGGCCCGUGUUUGAGGGACUACAGAUCUCCAGGAACGAGGAACCACACAGAGCAAGAGUUCGGUCUGCGGAUCAGGUACGUUUGAGCUCAGAGAGAAAGAAAACAGACUGAUUUCUCAACAGCAGGACAGAAAGCCAGCAGAGCGAGUUUCUCAUCAUGGCGUCCGCGGCCCCUCAGAAGAGGGUGGUGUCAUCGGUCUUCAUCACUCUGGCGUCUCCGUUCAGAGCGACGGUCACGCCGACGGCUCACGUCCACAGCGCCCCCUGCAGACGAGACACGCGCGCUCCAGACGUUGUGAGCAGUGCUCCUCCUGCCCCUGAUGACCUCCCUCUCCGGCCUCCUCCUCCUCGUGACCCCUGUGACCCCUGUGACCCUGAGCCCAGACCGCCGGCCGCCCCUGCACAGGAGAGCACUGUGGGGAAAGCUCUGCUUCGAUCGGCGCCCUCUGCUGGAGGAGACGUGAAGUCGUCAUCUGAUGUGUGUGGAUUCUGUCGUAAGCUGGUGCCGCUGUCUGAACCCGCCAUCGAGGCUCUGAACCGAACGUACCACGCCGUGUGCUUCCAGUGCCGGCAGUGCCACGCUCCGCUGGCCGCCAAGAUCUACUACAACAAAUCUGGCAUCCCGCUGUGUGACGACUGCUACCAGGCCAGUCUGGAGCCGUGCUGGGCGUGCGGUGAUGUCAUCAAGGAUCAUGUGAUCCGAGCGCUGGAACGAGCCUAUCACCCGCCCUGCUUCGUGUGCACGACCUGCAGACAGCCAAUCGGAGAGCAGAGGUUUGCGCAGGGGGAAGUGGGCGAGGUUUACUGCCUACAGGACUACUACAGGAAAUACGCGCCGCAGUGUCGCGCAUGCGGAGAGCUGAUCAUCCCGCGGGAAGAUGGAACCGACAGCUUCACGGUGGAGUGUUUGGGUCACUCGUACCAUGAGGACUGUUACCGAUGUGAGGUGUGCAGUGUGCUUCUGUCUCCGGAGCCCAAUGAGAACGGCUGCCACCCGCUGGACGGACAGAUCCUGUGUAAACCGUGUCACGUGUCGCUGAUGCAGAGCGCACCGCACUGAACACGCAAACCAAUGUGAUGAUGAUGAUGAUGACACACCGAUUGUAUUCAAAACUGCAGCAUUGGGACCAUUAAUUAUUUCAUUUUAUCAUUCCACUGAUUAUAUCAAUGUAUCCAACA